AUGGCACACCAAGGGGGUAAUUUGGAACAUAAUGCUCAACUGAAAAAUAUUCCUCGAGGUGGCAUUCCAACGGGUUUUAGUAACCAAGCGGGUAGAGCUCAAGAGCCUAUUGUAAAUGAGGAAGAUAUGCUAUUUGGAGACUUCAUGAACCCACCCGUAGUAGAGAAUGAAUCAAGUAUUGUCUGCCCUCCAUAUGGACAUCCAAACUUUCAACUUCGUCCGGAUGUUAUUAGUUUGUUCUCCAAUACCAUUCCAUUCUAUGGAAGGAUUGAUGAGAAUCCUCGCUCACAUGUUGCACGAUUCAUAGAGAAUGUUGGAAAUUUUAAAUAUGAAGAUGUAAAUGUGGAGGCGAUCCGGAUGAGGUUAUUUGUUCACACAUUGAAGGAUAAGGCAAGGGAAUGGCUUGAGACUCUACCGCCUGGAAGUAUAAAUAGUUGGUUGGAAUUUAUUCAAAAAUUCACAACCAAAUUCUUUCCACACGCCCGAGUAGCUAGACUCAAGUAUGACAUAACCACUUUCCAACAAUCCGAAUUUGAGAGCUUUCACAAGGCUUGGGAGAGUUUCAAGGAUAUGCUUCCAAAAUGUCCAAAUCAUGGAAUCACAAUGGGGCAACAAGUGAAUUAUUUUUAUGCUGGGUUGACUCCUUCUUGUCGUUCAAAUGUGGAUUCAUCAUCUAACGGCUCAAUUAAGAAGAAGAGUAUUCGGGAAGCAUAUGAUCUAUUUGAGGUCAUGAGUGAACAAAGUGCUAUGUGGUCGGAUAGAGGUCCACAAACAGGGGUUGGUGGAGUUCGAGAUGGUAGUUGUUUAGCAUCUACUGAGCAAGUGGCAUAUACUCAAAACUUUCAAUGCCAAGGGUAUAAUCCUUAUUCGCAAACUUAUAACCCCGGUUGGUUAAAUCAUCCAAACUUUUCUUAUGGAAAUAAUCAAAAUGUGCUUAACUCGAGGCCACAAGAGAAAAAAGAAGGUUGGGAAGAGUCCAUUGCUAAGUUGGAAAACCAUCUAUUGCAAUAUCAAGAACGCAAUGAUACCUCUUUAAAAAACUUGGAACGUCAAGUGGGUCAAAUUGCCAAGCUUAUCUCCGAAAGGCAACAUGGGGCAUUGCCUAGCAACACUGAAACAAAUCCAAGGGAGAAUGUACAAGCUAUUACCACUAGAGGUCGGGUGCAAUUGCCCGAAAUCACGGUGACACACCCUAAGGGUUAA